AUGCCGUAUGCAAAUAAAAGAAAAGCGAAUAUUGAAAAACUGUUAAAACAAGAAGCGAGUAAAUGCAAAAAGGUAUCGGAUUUCUUCACAAAGAACGAAAAUGCAAGAACAUCGUCAUCGACAUCGUGCGAUACAAACGUUGAGAAGGAGUCAGAACAAUUAUUAAAUAUGGCGCCAAUUGAAGUGGAAAGCGAAGUACAAGGCACUGCAGCUACUGGAGGCACUGACCAAGGAGAACCUCGUAAAGACAAUGAACUGAAUGAAGUGGAUUUUGAUAUUCGAAAUUCAGAUAGGGAAGGUAAUGUUCAAUUUGUUCAUACACGGGCUCCUUCGAAUAAUAUUCCAAGCAAUACUACACCUUCGACCUUAUCGUCAACAAGCUCUGCAAAUAUAAACAGCAUUACUUUGUUUACAACAAGUGACGUUGGUUUGCCAAUAAGCACAGCAAACACAUCGUCAACGCAAAUGACUACUGAAACCACUACUGAGUAUUACAGAGGCUACCCAUUAAACCUAAAAGCACUUCUAGGAAAAUUUGGAGAUGGUGUACUAUCUCAAUAUUAUGAACGAAGUAGAGUUUCAACGCAGAAUCGCCAGAAAGCUAGGGUUUUUGUCAAGUGUUGCAUCUGUGGUGAAUUCGAAGAGGAAGCAAAGCGCUUUUCAGCUAAUGGUAGAGUGUACAUGGCACAAGGUGUGCGUUGUGAUGGGAAGAAAAAGAUACAAGAUGUAAUUGAUCAUCUACUGGGGCCUUCACAUAGAGCAGCUCAAGAAAAGAAACAGCUAUCCAAGUUGUGGAAUGCCAAAGACAAACGUCACCCAUUUAUUAACUUGGCAACAAAAAGUGAUCCAACAGUUUUGAAGACCUUGACUGAAAUGGCAGUAGAGGUCUAUAAUGACAGUAAAUCUUUGACUUUAGCUGCCUGGUCAUGGCCAGGUAGAUCUCUUGCUAAUUUACAUGCACAACAACAGUUUAGGUCUUUAACUGACAGUGACAACGUACAAAGUUUUACCCCGUUUAAACCAAGUGGAGAGGAACUUCAUUAUAGGGAUCCAAUGCAUUAUGCAGAAAUGUUGGAGAUAAUAGGAGAUACAGAGAGAAAGCACCUUAGAGAAGAACUCCAGAACUGUAUUUGUUUUGCUGCACAAAUGGAUGGUUCUGUCGAUGCUAGGCAACAAGAUAAGAAAUUUAUAUUUGUUCGAUUCAAUACACCCGAGGACCCUCUUUCUAUUAAGACAAGAUUUGCAAGUGCAAGGGAAAGUACCAAGCGUGGUGCUGAAGGUUUGUGUUCUGCCAUGACAAACUGUUUUGAUGACAUGGGCCUUUCUAAAGAAUGUUUGCAGUCAAAAUUUGUUGGGAUGAGCACCGAUGGAGAGUCUGCAAACACUGGUAAGGAUUCUGGACUGUGGGCUAGAGUUGAAAAUUAUGUUGGUCGUUCAACAAGAAAUAUCUGGUGUGCAUGUCACCGAUCAGACUUAGCAAUGGAAGAUGUGAUGAGGUAAUAAUAAUAAUAAAUUAAUAAUAAUAAAAUAAUGAUUACAAUAUUUCAUUAGGAAGUCCACUCACAAAAGAGAUUUUAAGUGAAGCCCUGAGCAAAAAAAGAUAAAAAAAUAAAUUAUAAGGCUAUAUUAAUGUUAACAUUUAUAAUGUCUUAGGUUGGUACCUGAACUGAAAAUCUGGCUUUCCAAUGUAACGGGAGUAGCUACUUAUUACCGCACAUCAGGCCUAAGGACUAAGGAGUUGAAGACCAUAAAACCAGACAUGAGAAGUUUUCCUCCUCAUCAUGAGGUAAGGUUUGCUCAACAUCUUGUUCAACUUUGUGGAGCGAUACUAUUCAAUUUAGAUGGAUGUUUAAAGCACUGGCAAAAGAUUUGUGAUGCUCCUCGAGAAUAUAAUACCAAGGAGGUAUCGUCUGCAAAAGGAUUUUUAAAGUUGUGGCAACCAACAGGAGUGCAAGCAUGGCUAACUGCUGUUAUGGUGGACACAUGCUGUAUCUUCAGAUAUAUUGAAAAAGAAGCCCAGAAGCCUGGCAUUAUCAUUCCUGAUAUCUUGAAGUACAGAGAUACUGCCUUGCAAAAACUUGAUAUAAUGCAAACAGAGCCAUAUCCAGGUAAAAUAUAUAUAGUUAGUAAGUUACUUUGUUUAUAGAAAACAAAUUGAACUCACUCUUAUUUGAGUUCUUUAACAAAGGUGUAUUAUUCAUUACAUUGUAUGUUAUUUUACUGCACAUAGGUGGGCAGGAGGAGUUAUUAACAAAGAAGAUUGCAGAACUGCAUCCAGAGAAUGAUGAAGCAGUGGAUAAUACACCAAGAAGGACACACAACACCAAUGUGACAACGUUUCGUAGAGGAAAACAACCUAUCAGGCAAGAGGUUAUUGAUUCUUCAAGGAAUUUUCUCCAGGUAAAAUGAGAUAAAUAGGUAAUCUCAUAUCUGUUUAGCAAUCAGGUCACACCAUAUAAAGUUUUUAAUUACUAUUACCUAUAUUUUUUAUGUAUAUCAUUAUCAUGUUUAGACCAGGCUCAACGAGGAACAAACAGAAAUUGUAACAACCAUUAUCAACUUGACCUCAGCAAAACGUGCAAUUGAAUUCAUCAACAUUGCAUUACCUCAACUUGAAUCAAGUGGAAUCAGUGAUAAACAAGCAUUUAUUGAUGCAGUUUUAGAAAAUUUUACGGAAAUGCUUCCUGAUACACAUAUUCCUGCAAGAGACUAUGGUGUGAGACUCUACCAAAUGCUAAGGGGCAGCAAACAACCUGUGACCAAGUUUUUGUCAGGUUUUUGUGUUCUCUGCCCUCACAGUAUGACGGUGGAAAGAUGUGUGUCAACGUACAACAUGUUAUUCUCCAACCUGAGAAUGGCCACAUCUGAAAAAACACUGAAUGAUAGGCUAUUGAUUCACUGGAAUGGAGUGCCAACAUCUCAGUUUGACCCCAGUCCUAUGGUGCAAGAAUUUCUACAGAAAAAACAGAGGCGAAUGAAUCUUCCUAAUCUGAGUUCAUAUGCGGAACGUGACUUCGUAAAGAAGUUUUUUACAUCGGACUGCUGAUUGAUAGAUUACAUGUAUAUAGUGGUAUACUGUAUAGAUGAGUUUCACUAGCUGCCUGGCAAUUAUAUAUAAGUGAGAAAAAGGUGUGUUGACAACUUGACAUUAUUUUCUAAAUUUGACCAUCAUCUGCUGCCCUAGAGCGAAACCCAUAUUUAAGCUAGUAGCCGCAAUUUUAUAGACUUUAGUAGAUUUUUUUCAGGUCCCCUUUUUACGUUAUUUUUGGUCCCUUGGGAAAGAUGUCCCACCCAGUUACAUAUCCUUAAAAGAGGCCCUGGCCUGGGUUCACACAGGAAGCUUUCCAUGCCCUUUCAAAGAUGCAACAAAGAGGGGUGAUGAUGUUCUCUGUGGCCUGAUGAUUGAUGAGAUGGCAAUCAGAAAGCAUUGGGAAUGGGAUGGACAUAAAUACGUAGGCUUCACAGAUAUUGGGAAUGGUAUAGAUGACGGCGACGACUCUUCACCAUUGGCAAGUGAAGGGUUCGUAUUUAUGGCUGUAUCACUAAACAGCAACUGGAAAGUACCUUUAGGAUACUUCCUAAUUGAUGGUUUGUCAGCAUCAGAAAGAGCCAAUCUUAUGAAAACAUGCCUGUUGAAGUUGAGUGAUAUAUUGGGUAAAAACAGUGUCACUGACAUGUGA